AUGUGGAACAACUUCUUCGUGCCCCAUGACGAUGAGGCCCGCGUGGGGCAAGCGGGUGGAGGCCAAGGUGGAGGUCUGGCCGCCUUGAAGGGCAGCCGCACUCAGAGGCGGAACCAGAAGAUGAGUGACAGCCAGGAUGGCAAGAUCAAGCUGGCCUUCCUAGUUUGCGCGGUGGGCGUGACGCUGACUGUGCUAGGAGUGGGAACCGAGUUUUGGGUGGAGUUGGCACAGCCCAAGAACUUUGGUGGCAACCAAACCUGCCAGAUGGCGCACUAUGGUCUGUGGAAGGCUUGCGUGCGAACCCUGUGGGUGGCCGACGUGGACCCCGAGAGGGCUAGCUGUGGCCCCGCUGAACUGCCAGGAGAAUCCAACUGCACCUACUUCAAAUUCUUCACCUCGGGGGAAAACGCUGUCGUCUUCAAGAAGACGACAAGCAAAAACUUAAAUCUGGCGGCAGCCGUUUUGGCUCUCCUAAGUCUCACCAUGAUGGUGACGGGCUCCAUUUGCAUCAUCAUGACUCUCAGCAAAGGUGUUUCCUUCUUCCUCAAGCCGGCGUCCUUCUGCUUCAUCUUCUCAGGCGUCCUGGUCCUCAUCUCCAUCGCGAUGUUCCACCAAUCGGUGCUGGCUCUGCUCGCCAGCGAUCACACGGUCCCUCUACACCACCAGCUGUCCUGGUCGGCGGCCUGUGUUGGUGCGGCGGGGGCGAUUCUCAUUGUCGGGGGGCUAUUUUUUAUUAUCCUUUCAAAUCCUGUCAGUUCCUGGCAAAAAUGCUUGCCGCAGAAGAACAGCGCCACCUAG